GAAUCCUACGUUCCUCGCAUGUAGUUGUAGUACUCCCUCAAAAACACAAGAAAGUGAAACCAAAUCCAAUACAAUUUUCAAACAACACACAAAACCUUCUCAAUCCAACCUACAUACUCUGUUUUUCUCCUCUGUUCUGUUACUUUCCUCCAUUUUCAUUGCACUCAAUUUUCCAUUCAACAACAACAGCAUCAUCAUCACCCUGUUUUAGCUUCUCCUAUAUUUAGCAUCACAUUCCUCAAAACUAUUUUUACCUUCUGCAUUUUUCAUAACAAACAAACAGACAAAACUUCUAUCAUUUCUCUUCUCCUUCUUCUUUCUUGUGAUUUUUUUUUUUUCAUAAACAUUGAAUUUUCCAAGAAGAAAAGCAUCCCCAGAAGAAGGAGGAGGGGUUUGUUGAUAGAAAAUUUAAAAGGGUGUUUGAUUUUGAAGCUGAAAAUGGCGAGAGAGGCGUUUAUUCUGAAGGAAAGUGCCACUUUAUCUGCGAGAACGUUGAAGAGCCUCUUCAUGCUGAUGUACGCGGUGGUUAUGCUGAUUUUGCUGCCGUUCACGGGGCGGAGGAGGGUUUCUCCGGUUGAGAAAUCUGGUGCUGGAAAGGAGGAGAAGCUGCUGCAGCAGCAGAAUCAUCAUCACGAGUGUCACCGGAAAGGGGCGGUGGUGCGUGUGCCGGCUAAGAUAGUGCCGUGGAAGAGCAGUGGCGGCGGUGCUGCGGCGGUGAAGAAGGUGGUGGAUCAGGUGGUGAGGAGGGAUUUGGCUAUAAGGAGAGUGGUGGAUGAUGGUGAUGAGAGGUGUGUGAGGGAGUAUUGGCUUUUGGGGACAAAAAGGGGUGACACCAUUUUCACUCAGUGCUGGACACCGGUCUCUGCUAAGAUCAGGGGACUAGUUCUUAUUAUGCACGGGCUUAAUGAACACAGUGGUAGAUAUAGUGAUUUUGCGAAGCGGCUUAAUGCUAAUGGCUACAAGGUUUAUGGGAUGGAUUGGGUUGGUCAUGGUGGAAGUGAUGGACUGCAUGCAUAUGUCCAUUCUCUUGAUGAUGCUGUUUCUGAUCUGAAAGUAUUCAUUGAUAAGGUUCUGAGUGAGAAUCCUGGCCUUCCAUUUUUCUGCUUUGGACACUCAACAGGUGCAGCCAUUACUCUUAAGGCACUGCUUGACCCAAAGGUUGAAUCUCGCAUAGUUGGUGCUACAUUCACAUCACCUGCAGUUGGAGUUGAAACUUCUCAACCCAUUUUGGUGGCACUUGCUCCAAUAGUUUCCUUUUUGCUACCAACAUAUCAAUGUAAUUCUGCAUAUAAGAAAGGGUUACCUGUUUCUCGAGACCCAGAGGCUCUGGUUGCUAAAUACUCAGAUCCACUAGUAUGCACCGGAUCUCUUAGAGUACGAACCGGCUAUGAGAUUCUUCGAAUCACGAGCUACUUGCAGCAAAAUCUCAGAAAAUUGAGAGUUCCAUUCCUUGUUCUCCAUGGCACUGCUGAUUGUGUGACAGAUCCUGUUGCUUCUCAAAAACUGUAUGAAGAAGCUUCCUCAACUCACAAAAGUAUCAAAUUGUAUGAUGGAUUCUCCCAUGACCUCCUCUUUGAACCUGAAAGAGAAGAAAUCACUCAGGACAUAAUUCAAUGGCUGAAUAAUAGAAUAUGAGAUUAGGUAGAGAAGUGAGGAGAAACAUCAUGGAAUUUUCAAUCAUAGAAGAUUUGAAGGGCAGCACUUUCCUGAUCUAAUAUAUUGAUUGUAGAGACUGAAAACCUUAAGCCAUGUAUAUGAGGCAUAUACUUUGUUUUGGAAUGCUUAAAACCAUGUAAUCUGUUUCAUUUAUUUACAAAAUUAGUUAGGCAAAUAUCUUUUAUCA